CUGGCGCAUUUUAUCAUUACCCGCCACUUCCGCCGCCACUUCUCACUCUGACUGAACCACCUCACCAAACAAAACUACCACAUUAAAAAAACAUGUCACUCUUGUUCUCACCGCCACCUUCCCUCACGGGCCUCAGCCUUCACCCCCAUGUGCACUUUAGCCCCUCCAUGUCUAUCCUACGCCGCCUCCCCUUAAACCUUCGCACCACCCGCCGCCGCCGCCUCGCCACCGUUUCGGCCGCCCUACGCCAGGACACCGCCGUCUGGACCCCGGCCCCUCUCUCCGAGGUCGAGCACGCCGCCGAGUCGCUCUUUCACAUCGCCAUCGACGUCUCCGACGCCCCCGACCUUGCCGCGUCACACACACUCGCCGGGCAGUACCUCCAGCUCCGGGUCCCCGACGCGCCGAAGCCCUCGUUCUUGGCCAUCGCGUCGCCGCCGAAGCUCGCCGCGGCCCGUGGCGUGUUCGAGUUUCUGGUGAAGAGCGUGGCGGGAUCCACCGCGGAAGCGCUGUGCGCGUUGAAGAGAGGGGAUGUGGUUGAACUCAGCCAAGUCAUGGGAAACGGAUUCGACAUCGAUCGGAUCCACCCUCCCGAGAAUUUUGGAACCGUUCUCGUCUUCGCCACUGGAUCUGGAAUUAGUCCAAUUCGAUCGCUUAUUGAGUCAGGAUUUGAUGCCGGGAAGAGGUCUGAUGUGAGACUAUAUUAUGGGGCCAGGAACCUUCAGAGAAUGGCUUAUCAGGAUAGGUUUAAAGACUGGGAAUCUUCCGGUGUGAAGAUUGUGCCUGUAUUGUCUCAACCAGAUGAGAAUUGGACAGGGGAAAGUGGCUAUGUUCAGGCCGCAUUUUCAAGAGAGAAGCAAAUAUCUGACCCACUGACAACUGGUGCUGUACUUUGUGGGCAGAAACAGAUGACCGAGGAAGUGACAUCAAUUCUUGUUGCUGAUGGAGUAUCCGCUGAUAAGAUAUUGAAGAACUUCUGACCAAAAUGGAUUUUUGGGCACUGUUGUAUCAUUUUUUGAUACUCCAUAAUUAUUUCAUUGACUUUGCUGAGUGUCAAGCAUCUCAGCCUGAAAUGUACAAUAAAAAACAAUUUUGAAAUUUUAGUCUAUAUUAGAAUUUCCGGGGUCCAAAUAUAGGACGGAAAUACCAGGCUUAAGAAAGUCGAAAAAUACUUGCGAGGGUUGGUUUGUUGCACUCUUGCAAGCCAAUCUUUUGUUCUAUCAAUGCCUGUAUUAUCACGCAGCCAUCAUCGAUAUAUUGACAUUAAGAUUGACACUGAUCCAAGAGUCGACAAGUAAUCGGGCUGUUUUUAUUUAAGCUUGACUCGCUUAGUUUCCAAAA